AAUGGUCGGACCCCUCUGCAUCUUGCUGCCCACAAGGGCCAUCUCCAUGUUGUCCAGAUUUUGCUGAAGGCAGGUUGUGACUUGGAUAUUCAGGAUGAUGGUGAUCAGACAGCAUUGCACCGGGCUGCUGUCGUAGGCAACACGGAUGUCAUCGCAACUCUCAUUCAGGAGGGGUGUGCUUUGGACAGGCAAGACAAGGACGGGAACACCGCGCUCCACGAGGCCUCCUGGCACGGAUUCAGCCACUCCGCCAGGCUGCUCGUCAAAGCAGGGGCCAACGUCCUCGCCAGGAACAAGGCAGGUAACACACCUCUUCACCUGGCUUGCCAGAACAGCCAUUCCCAGAGUACUCGCAUUUUAUUACUUGGAGGAUCUCGAGCAGAUCUCAAAAAUAAUGCAGGAGAUACCUGUCUGCAUGUGGCUGCUCGCUAUAAUCACUUGCCCAUCGUUAGGGUGCUGCUCACUGCUUUCUGUUCAGUCCAUGAAAAGAACCAGGCAGGAGACACUGCACUCCACGUCGCCGCGGCUCUAAAUCACAAAAAGGUGGUUAAGCUGUUGCUGGAGGCGGGGGCCGAUACGUCAGUUGUCAACAAUGCAGGCCAGACCCCUCUCGAGGCUGCCAGGCAGAACAACAACCCCGAGGUCGCGCUUCUCCUCACGAAGGCAUCCCAGGUGUCGCGCUUUAAUCGUGGAAGGAGCCUGCGGAAGAAGAGGGAGAGGCUGAAGGAGGAGAGGCGGGCUCAGUCCGUGCCUCGAGAUGAAGUGGUGCAGAGCAAGGGCAGUGUCUCAGCUGCCGAAGACACCCCGAGCAGCGAGCAGCCACCCCAGGGGAAAAGCGAGCUGAAAGAGGAGCCCCGCUCAGCCUCCCCGGGCCCUGGAGGCAAGAAGGGCAAGAAGAAGAAGCCAAAAGAAAAGGUUUCGGCGCUCUCGGACCCCAUCUCCCCAGCCAGCCAGCAGCCCACGCGAGCCUACCAGCUGUACACGCUGUACCGCGGGCGCGACGGCCGCGUCAUGCAGGCACCAAUAAACGGAUGUCGUUGUGAGCCUCUGAUAAGUAAACUGGAGAACCAGUUGGAGGCAACUGUGGAAGAGAUAAAAGCUGAGUUUGGGACGGUACAAGAUAAGAUGAAUGUUAAGCUGGGCCAAAUGGAAAGCAAGACUCAACAUCAACUGCGUGUUUUGGACAAGCUCAUGGCUGAGCGGCUGUCGGCCGAGAGGAGCGAGUGCCUCCGCCGCCUGCAGCAGCACGCGGAGCUGCAGCGCAGCGAGGGCGACAAGCGGCAGACCUCCCUGGUGGAUGAGCUGAAGACCUGGUGCCUGUUGAAGAUUCAGAAUCUGGAGCUCAGGCUCUCCGGUGACUGCAGAUCCUCGAGACCGAAAUCCACGCUUUUCUCCAGCCUCCUGGACAGACCUGUUCCCACCCUGCUGUUUGUCAGGAAGGGCGGCUCCUUCGUGGACAGAGGGACGCAGACGCGGAAGGGCAGCAGGAGCGGGCAGGCCCGGCCCGGCGCGGGGCCGCCCGCCGCGCUCCGAGACACGGCGCAGGCCCUGGAGAUCACGCAGUGCUUCUUUGAGGCCGUGUCCGCGCAGAUGGAGCGUUGGUACGAGCGGAAGAUCGAGGAAGCCCGGUGCCAAGCUAACCAGAGAGCCCAGCAAGACAAAGCUGCGCUCAAAGAGCAUAUUAAAAGCUUAGAGGAGGAGCUGCUGAAGCUAAGGACUAGGGUGCAGAAGGAGAGCUAG